CAUUCACAAGCGCUCAUCUGAAGAGGACAGCGGAGCAAUGAAAGGUCUGAAGGCUCUCACGGCUUACGCGCUCGCGCUCCUUCUGUUGGCUACGUUCGUCUCCUACGCGUGCAGUGCGCCCAAGGGCACUCUCCAGCGUAGAAACUGGACCCCACAGGCGAUGCUGUACCUUAAAGGCACACAGGGACGCCGCUUCGUGUCAGAGGACAGGAACGAGGGGGAUGUUUACGACUCUCUCCACUUAGAAACACGGAGUCAAAACACAGAGAAUCUGAGUGUGUCUAAGGCUGCUACAGUGCUGCUUAACUUCCUCCAGCAAGUCAAAGAGGAAGGAGAGGAUAACGGAUUCUUUUUUCAAGACAUACCGGCCUGGAAAAGGGACUACUUCUGAGGAGCUGCCUGUGUAAUAUAGCCGAAACUGUACAGUUUUUCUCUUUAUUUUUCACC